AGCCCAUUUCACUUUUUAUCAAAAAAUCAGGAUAUUGCAAUUUGAAAAAAAUAAGCUCCAGAUCCUUAAACCCUAGUCUCCUCAUCGCCGACCAUCGCCGGGAAUCGCACCAGUAACAAUGGCGAAAAACCUAUCCCGCUCCACCGCCUCACGCGUCGCUAAUCGCUUCUUUUCCACCGCCAGAGCCACCGCUUCUCCUUCUCCGCUUACUUCUCACCUUAUCUCCCGUCGAGCCUCACCGACGGUGUUCCACGCCGUCGGAUUCAUCCCAGCUCUGAACCAUUUCACGACGAUCCGGACCCGGAUGGAUAGAUCCGGUGGAUCUUCGUACUCUCCCCUCAAAUCCGGAUCGAAUUUCAGCGACCGACCACCUACUGAGAUGGCGCCGCUAUUUCCCGGUUGCGAUUACGAGCAUUGGCUCAUCAUCAUGGAUAAGCCCGGCGGAGAAAACGCGAAUCCUCAGCAAAUGAUUGAUUGCUAUGUUCAAACCCUAGCUAAAAUUCUCGGCAGUGAAGAAGAAGCUAAGAGGAAGAUCUACAAUGUAUCUUGCGAGAGGUAUUUUGGGUUUGGCUGUGAGAUCGAUGAGGAGACUUCAAACAAACUCGAAGGGAUUCCUGGUGUUCUGUUCGUGCUUCCAGACUCUUUUGUUGAUGCAGAGUACAGAGAUUACGGAGCUGAGUUGUUUGUGAACGGGGAAGUAGUUCCGCGGCCACUGGAGAGGCAGAGGAGGAUUACGGAGUUAACGACUCAUAGAAGCUCGGAUAAACCGAAGUACCACGAUAGAACCAGAUAUGUCCGACGGAGAGAGAACAUGCGUUGAGUCUAAUUAUCAGUGUCUAUGCUAUACAUCGAUCCCUUUCCCUUUGAACUCUGUACGAAUGAUGUAAAUGGGUGAUCAUGAUAUCGGUAAUGGUGGUACUAUGGAUGAUAAUGGUUUUUACUUUUGGGCGCGUGAAACUUAAUUGGUAGCAGAAAUUGAGUUUAUAAUAUUUUAUCAGCUGUUUCUGCAUCUAUAAAUGAAAAAAAAAGUUCAUUAAAAACAAUUUUC